AUGCGCAACCUGAGCUGGCUGGGCUACGGCUGCCUGAAGCAGGACUGGACGCUGAUCGCCGUCAACACCAUCGGGGCGGCCCUGCAGACCCUCUACAUCCUGGCAUACCUCUACUACAGCCCUGCGAAGCGCCCUGUGCUGCUGCGGAGCCUGCUGCUCCUGGCUGUGCUGGCCGCCGGCUAUGGCUACUUCACCCUCCUGAUUGCCGAUAUGCGGACACGCCUGGCGCGCCUGGGGCUCUUCUGCAGCAUCUUCACCAUCAGCAUGUACCUCUCGCCACUGGCCGACCUGGCCAAGAUUGUCCGGACCAAGUCGACACGCUGCCUGUCCUUCCCCCUGACCAUCGCCACCUUCCUGGCCUCCACCAGCUGGACGCUGUAUGGCCUGCAGCUCCGCGACCCCUACAUCACG